AUGGCCACUGCUGCUGGUGCUGCUGGUGCUGCUGGUGCUGCUGCGCUGAUCGCUGCGAGUCGACGCUGCAUUGCGACCUCAGCGCGUGCACUUUUGCCAAGACGCACUGCAGCGCAGCCACGCCGCGCGACUGCCGCUCUCAGCAGCAAUGACGAUAGCAACAAUGAUGCCGGUGGCCAUCAACAAAGCGCUCAUCGCAUUGACGCAGCCGUGGAGCAGGACCGAGUCGCGUCCGACCCAAUCCUCGCCCACCUGGCUGCGAACACGAUCGUCAGCCGCCCGUCUCCCACCGCUCCUACUACUACUAAAACUACUACUACUACUACAACUACUGCUGCUGCUGCUGGACUCGGCCGAACGCGCGGCGCUGCUGCGGAUGCGCGGAGACGAUCGCCCGUCUUGGCGCCUGCUGCUGCUGCCAUCCAGCCACUGCAACCAGCCGCUCCACUCGUCCACCGCGAGCUGGCUGCCUCGGAGGACGACGACGCACAGGUGACCAUCGAGGACUCACCGCUGGGCGCCGCGCGCGCUGCGAGGAGCGCCAACCAGCAGCCGCCGCCGCAGCCAUUCCGAGCCCGAGCCCAGCCUGCGCCAGAGCAGGUCGCUGAGCCUGUUGAGACGGCCGAGGAGCGCAUCCAACGCCUCCAGCACAUGUUUGAGGACAAGUCGCUGGUCGUCGAGGAGGCGGCCCGGAUUCUGCGGCGAGGCGCCGUUACUGAUCUCGUCGCCAUUGCUGGCCGCAUCUCGGAGAAUGCAGAAGAGGACGAGGCGCAGUCCGUCGAUGUGCAAUUCCCUCCAGAGCUCGCAGCAGACCUCGCUGCACGGCAUCGUGUCACGCUGGCCACGCUCGCUGCGGGAUCGAACGCGACCAGCUCGCGCAAGUCCAGCCCCAAAGAUCUCGACGCCGAGCCGCCCAAGCGUUUCACUCUGUUUGACACGAUGCUGAUUGCCACUGCCAAGUCUUCGCGCCACAUGGAGGCUCUUGCCCGCGAUCUCGGAGCUGCGUUCAAAGUUCCCGGCACCACUCAACAACCCUACUUUAAACAAGAAGGCAGCGACUUCUGGAUGACGGUCGAGCUGGGACAAGUGCAUGUUCACAUGCUGCAAGCACCCGCGCGUGCAUACUACAAGAUUGAGGACUUGCACGUCUUCCGCCAUCUCGACCCAGAAACCAUCCGGUUUAUGCGCGAGCGGCAGGCCAUGGGCGAGUUGGUCAAGAAGCCGGCCGGCGGCAAGCCGGUCAAUCCCGACAAGGUGCAAAAGGGAACCAUCCGUCGCGAGCGCAAGCUCCGCAGCGAAAAAGACCAAGCGCAGCGACAAGAAGAGAAGCGAGUACGUGUUCAAGCCGCACUGGCGCAGCAACAGGCACGCAAAUCCGCCCCAAAAUCUCCACGGCAACCAGCAGCAUCACCAUCUGCUGGUGAAACGUCCAACACAUCUCAACGAUCGGGAGGGAAAUCGAGCCGUCGCUGAUCUCGAGCAGACCGAAAAAAUAAAUUGAUCAUUAAAAAUUAGUUGUUUUAAUACAUUUCAACGAGACAAUUGGG